AUGGCGACCUCAAAAAAAACCAACAACCCUAAUAAACGUGUGGUGUACGUUGUUUCAGAGGAGCUGGCCAAGGUUUCAUCUCUACUUCCAUCGAACAAGAACAGAUCUCUGCUGGUUCACUCCCUCGCAAGCUCUCUCGGUAUACUAGUACCAAAGCAAAAGCACAAUGGGCAGCAUAUACGCCUCAUUCGACCAAAUCGCGCCACUCUCAAGGAUCUGUCCGUCUAUCACACCCGCGACUACCUGGACUUCUCUUUGAACCCCGAUAACCACUCUGAAAACGUUCAACAGGAACCAAAUGAAAGUGCAGAUUUCGGUCUUGAAGAUGAUUGCCCACCUUUUCGCGGAUUAGACGACUACAUAUUUCUCGUAGCAGGCGCUUCUCUGACAGGAGCAAACACUCUUAAGACCGAUCAAGCUGAUAUCGCAAUAUGCUGGGACGGCGGCAGGCAUCAUGCUCAGAAAGCUCGCGCGUCCGGGUUCUGCUACGUCGCCGACUGCGUCCUCGCCAUCCUCGCUCUGAGGCGGUUCGUCCCAAAUCCCUACGACAAUAUCUCACCUGCUCCUCCGUCUAAAAAGCCUCGCAUCAUGUAUCUAGACCUCGAUCUGCAUUUCUCCGAUUCUGUUUCGCAAGCUUUCUAUUCUACCAGCUCUACCAACAGUCCACAAGUUCUUACUUUUUCUAUUCACCAUGCUGCUGAAGGGUUCUUCCCCAUCUCUCCACUAUCGAGUCUCCCCGCACCAGGAUCUCCCACCUUUGACCCUUUCUCUCUUUCCCUCCCUCUCAGACCGGGAGCUUCGAACCGCACCUUUAUGCGAAUAUGGCCAAUAGUAGAACGCGUUAAGAACCUAUUUGAGCCUGACUACAUCGUCGUGCAAUGUGGCUUGGACGGUCUAGCUGGAGAUCCAAUGGCCACCUGGAACUGGUCUUUAGAAGGGGAAGGCUCUCUAGGCUGGUGUACCAGUCGCGUAGUACACGAAUGGGACGGUAAAAAACUACUACUCGGUGGAGGCGGCUAUAACUCUCCCAACGCCGCCCGUGCAUGGGCGUAUCUGACAUCGAUCGCCAUGGGAAAGCCACUCUCAGUAGAUACAGAAAUACCGGAUCAUCGCGCGUUCCCGCUAUACGGCCCAUCUUUCACGCUGGAUGUUCCCGCAGGCAAUAUGCAGGAUCAGAAUAACGAAGAGUACAUCAAAUCUGUCGAAGAGUGUUUUGAAGAUGUAUUGUUCGCCCUACAACAUCGCCUACGCCAGUCUACCACCUAG